GAAGACUUGGAUUUCGCCGAUGACUUAUGCCUAAUGUCACAUAAACUUGAAGAUCUGCAGGCAAAAACUAACAAGUUGAUAGAAGAGGCAGCGAAGACGGGACUUCAGGUGAAUAUAGAGAAGACAGAAGUGAUGAAGAUACCGCACCACCACCAUCAACAACAACAAACUCCAAUCACCGUCAACGGGAGAAACUUAAAGGAAGUAACCUCCUUCACUUAUCUAGGAAGCACUGUUUCAACUACAGGCGGGACGGACGAGGACGUCAAAGUCAGAAUCGGAAAAGCAAGACAGGCAUUCAUUAGCCUGAAACCAGUGUGGAGAUCUUCUGCACUCAGCAUGCGGAACAAGAUACGGAUUUUCAACACCAACGUCAAGUCAGUGCUCUUGUAUGGCUCAGAGACUUGGCGCGUCACGAAAGGUAUUUCCAAUAAACUACAGACAUUCAUCAACAACUGCUUACGCUCGCUGCUGAAGAUCAGAUGGCCAGAAAAAAUAAGCAACAAGGAACUCUGGGAACGAACCAACCAAGAACCUAUCACGCAACAAAUAUGCAGGAAGAAGUGGAGAUGGAUUGGCCAUGCACUGAGAAGGCCGACUGAGGACAUCACGCGUCAGGCCCUCGAGUGGAAUCCCCAUGGGAAGCGACGAGUUGGACGUCCGAAGGUGACAUGGAGGAGGUCGUGCGAGCAGGAAAUGAGAGCUUCUGGGCUGUCGUGGGACCAGGUUCAAAAGAUCUCAGAGAACAGAGGUCACUGGAGGCGUGCUACUGAAGCCCUAUGUUCCACUAGGAACCCAAGGGACUAAUAA